GUGGCAAGCCAGCAGAAGCAACAGGAGGAGAAAAGGGAGGCAAGCCAGCAGAGCCAGCACAAGCAGAGGAGGAAGAGACAGGAAAGGGGGGUGGCCCAGAGGAUCCCACAGGGAAGGGGCAAGCAGAUGCAAAGGGUGCAGGGAAGGGUGGUGGCAAGGAAGAAGCAGCACCAGCAGAGGGAGGAAAGGGUGGCAGGGCAUCUGCAAGUGAUCCAUGGGCUGGCUGGGAGUGGGAAGGAAAGGGUGGCAUGGCACCUGCAAGUGGUGCAUGGGCUGGCUGGGGAGAUGGUGGCAUGGCAUCUGCCAGUGAUGCAUGGGGGGAUGACUUCAGCCAAAGCCAGUGGGAGGGAGACUGGGGAGAGUGGGGCUGGCAGAAAGAGGAGGAGGAGGAAGGUGACCAGAGGACAAAGAAGCACAAAGUCACCCUGGAGGACUUGGAACAGAAACUUGCUUUAACAAUGAGUGACUUCUUUGAAGAGAAGAAUGGCCUGGGCUGGUGCAGAUCUUGUGGGCUCUACUCCUAUGUCAACCAGAGGAGUGCUUUGAGGGCUACUGAUGUGCUUGGCUGCAUGAGGCCAGAGUGCAGUUCCCAUAGGGGCACUGCUGCUUCGAAAGGCUUUUUGGCAGCCUUGGAGAAGGCUGGGCUGAUCUAA